CAGUCGUAUUGCAAGGUCGGAAGCCGCAUGAAAACUUUUCAGUUUGAAAUUUUCAAACGGCCGCAAGAGCGCAAAGUGGCCGAACUCGUCUGUUCAAUUUUGCAGCUAUCCACCUGAGGCUAAAGCAGUUUAUCAUUUCCCCCCCCUCAGGGAUCGUCUUGGACAUGAACAAAAUGAACAAAGAGAAUACAGGCUCGCGGCUGCCCAUCAUUUCGGCGAAAAGGGCUCUUACCAGCAGCACGGAAAGCGGCGAACACCAACCGGCCCAGAAGAAGAUGCGCAAGGUCGAACCCGACCCCGUGAAGCCGGCCGCCAGCGUGGUGGGCACGGUCGGGCUGCGGCGGCCCGCCUCCACGCAGCCGCGGAACGUGGUCAAACCCCUCCGGCCCACUGGAGCCGCCACGGUAGCUGCCGGUCCCUCGAAAGGUGUCCAAAAGCGUCCGAAUGCCUCCGUCCCAAAGCCAGCCCCGGCGGGCCCCGGCGGGUCACGGCGGCCGGCCUGGGACCUGAAGGGCAAGGUGAGCGACAUGGAGUCCAAGGUGCAGGCCUACCAGGCCCGGGCCAAGACGGCGACGCAGGAGAACCAGGACCUCCGCGAGUGCGUGGCCCGGGCCCAGGAGAGGGAGGCCCAGAUGGAGGAGGAGAUCCAGGGCUUCAGGCUGCAGCUGAGUGUGAGCGAGAGGGAGCUGGGGGCUCUGCGAAAGGUCCGGGAGGAGCUGAAGCAGGCGACCCAGGAGAGGGACGUCCUGCAGGAGGAGCUGGGCCAGCUGGACAGGAAGCACACGGCUCUCCUGGGCGUGAGGCAGGCGCUGGAGGAGGAGCUGCUCAACAUGCAGACCCAGCUCUCGGUGCAGAGCUCCACGCUCAGCCGAUGCCAGGUCUGUCUGAAGGAGGCGCAGGAGACAGUGCAGGCUCUGCAGGAGAAGGUGGCCGCGCAGAGCGAGGAGAUCCACGCCGGAGAGAUGCAGCGCAGGCAGCUGCACAACACCAUCCAGGAGCUCAAAGGAAACAUCAGAGUGUUUUGUCGAGUGCGCCCCCUGCUGACCGGAGGCCAGGCUCGCAUAAACCACAUCGAAUUCCCUGCCAAUGAUUACAAGGCCAUUAAGCUGGCAAAAACCGAAGAGUCCCACACAGGCCGCAGCGAGGACACCCAGAAGAGCUACAGCUUCAGCUUCGACCGCGUGUUCGGGCCGGCCGCCUCGCAGAGGGAGGUGUUCGAGGAGAUCUCCCUGCUGGUCCAGUCGGCACUGGACGGCUACAACGUCUGCUGCUUCGCCUACGGCCAGACGGGCAGCGGCAAGACGCACACCAUGGAGGGCGGCGAGGCGGACGAAACGCAGGGCAUGAUCCCCCGCGCCGUCCAGCAGGUGUUCGCCGCCGCCCGCAGGCUGGAGGAGCAGGGCUGGAAGUACACGUUCGUCGCCAGCUUCGUGGAGAUCUACAACGAGACCCUGCGGGACCUGCUGUACACGGGGAAGCCCAACAAGAGGCCCGAGCACGAGAUCAAGAAGUUGGCCACCUCGGAAGUCACCGUCACCAACCUGACCUAUCAGAGGGUCACCACCGAGGACGAGGUGUGCAACCUGAUAAUGCUGGCCAAUCGGAACCGCUCCACCGCGCGCACCAACCAGAACGACCACUCCUCACGGUCCCAUUCAGUCUUCCAGCUGGACAUCGACGGGGAGAACGCGGAGAGGGGCACCAAGUGCAAGUCCUCUCUCUGCCUGGUGGACCUGGCGGGCAGCGAGCGACUGCAGAAGAGCCAGUCGCAGGGCGAGCGGUUCAAGGAAAUGACCGCCAUCAACAACUCCCUCACCAGCCUGGGCAUCGUCAUCACUGCCCUGGCCAAUAAGGAGAGUUUCGUCCCCUACCGCAACUCCAAGCUCACGUACCUGCUGCAGAACUGCCUGGGAGGCAACAGCAAGACCCUGAUGUUUGUCAACAUUUCGCCGGAAGCGGAGAGCUUCGGAGAGUCCCUGAAUUCGCUUCGCUUUGCCAGCAAGGUCAACGACUGUGUGAUCGGGACUGCCUCGGCGAAUCGAAAAUAGUGGACCGGUAGAAGCUGUAGAAAGGAAUAAAAAAAACAAAACAAAAAAAACAUAAUUGCAUUUCCAGCUUGUGGCUUUUUUUAAUACCCUCUUUUUAAAGAUUUUUCUGAAGAAAUGGAGCAAGAGCAUUCAGAUGUGCUUUUCAGCAUAGCUAUUAUACCCCCUUUGUACUGUCUUAUUUACUGCCUUUUUAUUAUGAAGUUCCAAUAAAAUCCUGUGCAUUUGG